CUACCACAGCUUGCGACUCCCUUCAGGACUCUCUCAUACCACGAUCAACUCGACCUCGCAUUUGCGAGAAACCUCCACCGCCAUGGCGAACCAAACACCAGCCGUUGUCAUGGACAACGGUACUGGAUACUCAAAAUUGGGAUUCGCUGGCAAUGACUCUCCUUCCUUCGUCUUUCCCACUGCGAUUGCGACCAAAGGCCCUUCAGCAGGAGGUGGAUCAGGAUCAGGCAGACCGGCCGUUGCGAACAAGCCGUCCUUCUUGACCGGAGGAGCAGGCCCAGGUGGACAUCUAUCGGCGAAGAGAGGCACAGAAGAUUUGGACUUCUUCAUUGGAGAUGAGGCUCUUGCGGCUUCUGCUGGUCCCGGUUACGGAUUGCAUUAUCCCAUCCGACAUGGGCAGAUCGAGAACUGGGACCACAUGGAGCGUUUCUGGUCCAACAGCAUCUUCAAAUACCUCCGAGUCGAGCCCGAAGAUCACCACUUCCUCCUGACCGAGCCUCCACUCAACCCUCCUGAGAACCGCGAAAACACCGCCGAGAUCAUGUUCGAAUCGUUCAACUGCGCUGGACUAUACAUUGCCGUGCAGGCCGUUCUUGCUUUGGCAGCUUCGUGGACAUCUUCCAAGGUGCAGGACCGGUCACUCACAGGUACUGUGAUCGACUCUGGCGAGGGUGUGACACAUGUUAUUCCUGUCGCUGAGGGAUACGUCAUUGGAAGCAGUAUUAAGAGCAUACCAAUUGCUGGAAGAGACAUCACCUACUUUGUACAAUCGCUUCUCCGCGAUCGAGGAGAGCCCGACAGCAGCUUGAAGACGGCCGAGAGGAUAAAGGAAGAAUUUUGCUACGUCUGCCCGGAUAUUGUCAAGGAGUUUGCUCGUUUCGAUCGAGAACCUGAAGACCGCUUCAAGAAGUACGACGUUAGGCAGCCGGGUGGACGCAGCGUGACCGUGGAUGUCGGAUACGAGCGCUUCCUGGCACCCGAGAUCUUCUUCAACCCGGAAAUCUACAGCUCCGACUUCCUGACACCUCUUCCGAACAUCGUCGACACCGUCAUCCAGACGUCGCCUAUUGACGUGCGGAGAGGACUGUACAAGAACAUUGUGCUUUCUGGAGGUUCGACUUUGUACAAUCAGUUUGGACGACGAUUACAACGAGAUAUCCGUCAUCUGGUUGAUGCUAGGAUUGCGGCUUCAGAAGCUCGCGCAGGCAACGCGGCAAAGAGUGGUGGACUUGAGGUCCAAGUCAUCACCCACAAACGUCAACGCCACGGUCCAUGGUUUGGAGGUUCGCUGCUCGGGCAGACACCAGAGUUCAAGAGCUACUGUCACACAAAAGCGGAGUACGAUGAGAUUGGACCCAGUAUCGUCAGGAGAUUUGCAUUGCUGGGAGGUCCGGGCAGUACGUGAGGGAGGGAAUGAUGAAAGGACUCCAACGAUCGCGAACGGAGUCAGAUCGACGAUGGCGCAGGUAAAAGCAGUUGCAGACCAAGAGAAUAGAGACGACACGUGUAGGGCUCCGGCUUUUUCCCUACUUUACCAGAAAUGC